AACAAUCCUCUCCAGGUAUCCCUGCUUCUCCACUCCUCUCGUCAUCACUCACGAUCCCACACCCUCGGUUAGCACCACCACUUCUAUCCCACAGGGUAUACCUCCACGACUGGAAGGUCUCCGCCAACCCACACAGAUCAUAGGUUUCACAAGUUAUCAUGCCGAUUACGCAAAUAUUCCACUCCCUACAACGCUUGUCCGAUGAGCUCAAAAGUCGGAUCGUCGCCCACGCGUACGAGGACUGCCUUGCCAACUCGCCACAAACCAGGAACGUCCUUGAAAAGAUAGAGGUGCAGAGAGAUGCAAGCAGUAAUAAGCGCGAGGCGAAGCUGGCCGUCUUCUCCUACAGAGAGGGCAAUCGCCCGUGCGACUCAGUCUGGUCCAUCUAUCUGGCCAACCAGUCCGUCCGCGCAGAGCUCGACCGCCUGUUUUUCGAAAGUGUAGAAUGGAUUCUUUCCAUUCUCCGUAGCACGCGUUGCUCGCCUCGCUCCGCAGGGCUUCGUAUCAUGCAGUUCCUCUUCCUGCACCGAGAUUCGCCGGCACACAUCCCGGAUCCUCCCAACCCGACUGCUCGCGCAACGGUCCCGACGAGAAUGUGGAGCGCGCGGGCCCUAGGAUUCAAGACGCUGGCUGACGCUGUGUUUAGGGGCUGUCUUGAGUGUAAUCCCAGCUAUACACGGCCCAGCGCCAAUAGUAGCUGGAAGAAAUUUGCUAUGCCGAAGACGCCGGCUAGCUGGGUGAGGUGGGUUUUCACACCAGUGGCUUGGUGGUACAUGUCUAGCGAUGUGGCUUUAUGGGGCCCGACCCCGACCCCCCGGCAUUUGGAUGUAUGCAAGAUGGAGGACGUGUUCAAGACGCAGGGCGACAGCGCCAUUGAGAAUUGGGAUCCGACCGAAGGGGUCAAUGGCUAUAGGCGCUGGGUCGUCUGUAUGUGCCGGGACGUCUGCAUGUGUGCAUCGACUCAGUUAGAUUCGCUGUGUGCCAUCACUGCCUGCACGCAGAGGAUCGAUAUUCCAGCGCAGAAACGUGUACGGCCUAGAUACAUCAAAGUGAAGCGAGGGGUAUUCUUCCCAGUGUACAAGCAGGGACAGCGUUGA